AGAGAGGCGUUUAAAUUUUGUUUUGUUUAUGUUCCGUUCUAGCAAGUUGUUCAAAUGGAUUAGCAUGUUUCAAAUAGAAGAUUCAUUCUAAAUUUAUAGAUUUCUGUAUAGCGUAUUCAAAUAGACGCUUAAAAAGAUUCAUAGUUCGUAAAUUAUUAUCUGUAUUAAUAAUGUGUGUGGAAAGUAUAUUUUGUUGAAAUAUUGAAUUAGAAUGAAAAUGCCAUCCUAUGAACUUCACCUUAUUCCUCCUGAUUUGCGGAGAGAGGAAGCAAUCCUUCAAAUUGCUGAUUCUUUAGAUUAUGUACAGAAAAUAACUGACAGUAUUUUCAAAAAAAUAUUGGAUCGGGUUUCUGACUAUAAUCAGCGUUUGCAAUCUGUAUGUGGCAGAGCCGAUGUUGCUCAAAGGAAAAUCGAUAAAAUUAGAGGCAGUAGCAAAGCUACAAAGGUGUUUUCUAGUUGUAAAUAUCCUGGUGAAGAAAACUUGGAUGAUUAUAAACUCUUGUUCACACAUGAUCAUGGGCUUGCUGGGUUACAAACAACAUCGUAUCAUGUGAAAUCUAAACAUGCUGCUCCCGAUGAAAGGACACUCAAACAAAAGCUCCAAUUUUAUAAUGUGCGGGUACCUGAAAGGCAAAGAGAAAAGAACCAAAUGUUAGAAGAAGGUUUGGGAAGUUUGCCUAGAACACUGGAUUCUCUAAGUACUCUACUCCUUUUUAAUACAUCUGAAAAUCCGUACAAAAAAUACGUUGUUUUGGAUCCACUUGGAGCUAUAACUAAAACUAGAAAGAGCUUAGAAGAAGAAAAAUCAGAAGAAAUUGGUGCUGCUCCUCUAUCUAUCACCCAGAGAGAAACUAUGGAAGCUGUUGAGAAAAUAAAUUAUUUCUAUAAUCCAGGCCUAGGAGAAGUUCCAGAAAUGGAUGUGCCUUUAGCUUUACCAGAUUUACCUGGUGUUGCUGAUGAUUUAUUAUAUAGUGCUGAUGUUGAGCCUUCCAUUGCACCAUCGUCUUUACCUGUUAUUACCAGUUCUGUACUUCCUGAAUUACCAACUGUUGUACCUGAAGGACCACAAGACAGUCCAUCUUUUGAAGUACCUCCUGCUGCUCCAUCUAUUCCUGUUGCUAAUCAGAGUGUGCCACAUAUGACAGCAACUGCACCACCACCACCUCCUCCUCCUCCUCCUCCUCCUCCACCACCACCACCUCCUCCUCCACCCACAGUUUCAGAAGCUCCAGCUCCUACUGAUGAUGGUUCUGCAGAGAAGAAAGCUAAGAGUCCUGAAUCCUUACCACAACCUGAUGAUGCUCGUGCCAAUCUGUUGGAAUCUAUACGACGUGCAGGGGGCAGUGGAAAGGCUAAGCUGAAAAGUGUACAAGAUAGAAAAAUUGAAGCUAAAAAGAGGAAAGAAGAAGAAAAAACUGUUGCUAGUGGUGGUGGUGACCUGAUGAGUGACCUAUUUAAUAAGCUUCAGAUGCGAAGAAAGGGUAUAUCAGGUGCUAAUCGUACUGGCAGUGUCUCUGAGGGGGGUGUCCAGCCACCUGCUUCAAUCAAUCCAAGUGCCACAUUACAGAAGAUUUCGGCUAUGAUACCCCCACCCCCCAUCCCCAAACCGUCAGAAGACCACUCAGAAGGUAAUGAUGAUGAUGAUGAUUGGGAUUAAAAUACUCUUUCCUUAAUGGUGAAAAAUUCCAUGGCUACCAUCGUUUAAUUUUUAUACUUUGAUUUUGUUUACUGUAUCAAUAUUUAUUUGCUUGAAGCAAAUUUUGCAUUCAUUUCAGAACAAUACCUGAAUUCAAAUUAUGCAACUAGUAAUCUUUUUAUCUUUAAAUUCAGCAUUCCUAAUGCAUUGUAUGAUUGUGAUAUUUUGUAAACAUGUACAAAUAUAUUUUAGAUACCUGAAAGUGGCUUAAAUAAAAUGUAUUAUA